UCAUGUUUGAAUGACCUCGUCCUCCUCCUCCCCUGGUGGCUGUAACUCUCUGGGCCCCUCUCUUCUCCUAAAGUUUCUUCCCUUCAUGAUCUUUUUCCCUAUCUUCUUUCCAAAUAUUCAUGCCCAUCUUCUCCAUCAUCUCCUUCUCCAUCUCCUUCCAACACCUCCUUCCCCUAUCUUCGUCCUCCAUCUUUUACCAAUUUUCUAUCCAUCCACAUCCCUAUCUCCUCCAUCAUCUUCUUCUCAGUCUCAUUCCUCUCCAUCCUUUCCCCAGCUCCUUGUCCCCUCCUCUUCUCGAUCACAGAUGAACCUCCUAUUGGGCUGCAACCACCCCAGUUUCACCCUCCCCUGGAGGACCCUCCUGGCUCAUCUCGUGGCUCUGCACCUCCUCCAUCUGGGAUCAGCCCAGCUCAGGGUGGUGGCACCGAGCCUCCCUGUCACUGCCGUCGUGGGACAGGACGUCGUGCUGCGCUGCCACUUGUGUCCUUGCAAGAAUGCUUGGAACUCAGACAUCAGAUGGGUCCAGCACCGGUCUUCUGGCCUUGUGCACCACUACCAAAAUGGAGUGGAUCUGGAGCAGAUGGAGGAGUAUAAGGGGAGGACAGAACUGCUCAGGAAUGGGCUCUCUGAUGGAAACCUGGAUCUGCGCAUCACUGCUGUGAGCUCCUCUGAUAGUGGCUCAUACAGCUGUGCUGUGCAAGAUGGUGAUGGCUAUGCAGAAGCUGUGGUGAACCUGGAGGUGUCAGAUCCCUUUUCUGAGAUUGUCCAUCCCUGGAAGGUGGCUCUGGCUGUAGUCAUCACACUUCUGCUUGGGUCAUUUGUCAUCAUUGCUUUUCUCCAUAGAAAGCAAGCGGCACGGAUAAGAGAGCUGAAAAGAAAAUAUGCAGAGUUGGAGAGAAGCGAUGCAAAGUUGGAAAAACUAGCUGGAAAAUUGGAGCAACAAACAGAAGCAGUGGAGAAAGGCAAUUCCCAGUGGAGUAAGCCACAGUCGUUAAAUCCAAGGGAAUCUGAGGUCAUCCCAAAGGACUAUGGACGGCAUGAAAAAUCCCUUCACACGUCCUUCUCUACUCCUACUAACCCAGAGAAACGCCACAAAGCAAUGGAGAGAUCACAUUUAAAGCAUCCUCAGUAUCCAAACUGUAGAGGUGUGAGCAUACAUGGGACUGCAUGGAACAUUUGACCUAGAAAAACAAUCUGAAGAAUUGGACUGAGAUAUUAAAUGCACCUGGCAAUAACCACAGGUGUUAAACUUUGUAGUCUCCUCUGUUUUCCUCUCCUCUCCCUGUGAUUGCACAGGAUACCAAAACUGUGAUAACUAAAAGCAAGCGUGGAGAUCCAAAGCAGGAAUGAGACAAGCCAGUAUUGAGUGAGAACACUGCAUUUCUGUGAGCCAAAGCUGCCUGAGGGGCCACUGAACAGAAGAUGCAUGACCUCAAAAUGCAGUACAGCUGGAAGAAACAAACCAUAUAAGGGAAGAAAAUGGGUGGAGACGGAGAUCCUGGAAAGAUAUGGACAUUUUGGGAAACGGUACGACCAUGUAUCAGGGUUUGUGGAAUUCUAAUAAAUAUGUAAUGCCUUUGAAAAUAUAAAUACGCAUGCAGAAGCAGAGGUAGAGAACUGGUUUGGGUGUUAACACUGUUCUCUUUUGUAAUAUAAUAAAGGAUACCUGCUGAUGGUUA